CAUCUGUGGGCACGCGUUAAGCAGGCAUGUCUAGCGUUGCGGCCUGGCUAUGCCUGCGUAAGAGACUCAAUAAUGUUUCCGAUAGUGCUAACAAAAUCGCGGACAUUUGCUAGUUUACACCAUUAAACCUUUACGAUAAAGUACGCUAUUGUCACUAUUUCGUGACGUGAGUAUUUGGAUGGUAGAUAAGCUAGCAUAAACACGUUAUUCUUAUCUAAAUAAUGGAACAAUUAUGCGAAAUGGAUAAAUUUCCUAUCACCCGUGCCACAAAGACUUCAUGGAAACCGCUAUUAAGACAGAUGUUUGUAUGCAGCGGAGUGACAUUAAACUUUUUUAUUUAUGGAUUAUUUUUCGGUGCCACAACAGUUUUUGUACCGCAAAUACGGAAAGAAGCAAAUUUAACUGAAGCCAUUAGCACGGAAACAAUGUCCUGGUUGUUGUCAAGCCCUAGCUAUGGAGCUCUUCCAUGGACUUUAAUUUUACCCAUAAUUGCAGAAAGAUAUGGGAGAAAAGUACCAUACAUUAUUUUAUGGAUUGUUACAUUUGGAUGUGUUCUAUUGUUUUAUUUUAGUACAAGUGUCACUGAACUUUUGAUUAGUGGGUUUUUGUUUGGAAUGAACGCCGCCAUAAUAUUAACGGUUGCUGUCAUGGUACUCACGGAAUACAUGUCUCCUAACUACAGAGGUAUAUUUCUUACUUUUAAAAGUGCAACAUUUUUUUGGGGUGUAUGGAUUUCAAAUGCCAUUGGAACAUUUUACCAUUGGAAAAACAUUGGCAUAUUGAUGUUUAUUUGCUGUAUCUAUAAUAUGAGCACAAUACUUUGGCCUGAAUCACCCGUUUGGUUGGCCACUAAGGGACGUUUUGAAGAAUGUGCCAAAUAUCAUCGCUGGUUAAAGGGAGACGGCAAGGAUUCUGAAGAAGAACUUAAGCAACUCAUAUAUUCGCAAAAAGAAAAUUUAAGACGGAAACAAGAACAUCAAUUAAACAAGAAACAAAAGCACCGUGUUAUUGAAUUGUAUAACUCAAUAAUAGCUAAAGGGUUUUAUACACCGUUGUUAUUUUGUCUACUUACAAUAUGUCUUUAUUAUUUUUCAGGAAAAUUGGCCUGUACAGGUUAUGUUAUAGAUAUUAUUAAAACAAUAACUUUAAGUGAAUCAACAGCAUAUGGAGGGAUGCUGAUAUUAGAUGGUGUUACAGUUCUUGGAAUGUAUAUCGGCGUUUUUCUUAAUAAGUUUCUCAAACGGCGUACAUUGUUACUAGGCUCAUCGUCUAUAGGAGCAAUGUUUCUGUUUAUUUUAUCAACCUAUUUAUAUUUAGUGCAUUUGAAAGUCAUAUUAGAAAACAAAUAUUUAACUUUAUUCAUUUUAGCGGGAUUUUCAGUAACAAUAAGUUGCGGUCCUAUGGUAAUGUGUUUUUGUCUGGCAAGCGAGAUGACACCUGUAAAGUGUAGAAGUUUGUUCUUGGGUGUUUACGCAUUAUUGACUAAUGCUGUUGCAGCUAUUGCGUUAAAAAACUUUCCUUAUUUAUUCCAUUAUUUCAACUCCCAUGGAUCAUUUUUAUGCUGCGCUAUAACCUCGUCAGUAUUCAUUAGUAUUCUUUACAAAGUAUUGCCCGAAACAAAAAAUAAAACAAUUUUAGAAAUAGAGAAAUGUUUCUCAGAUAAGAACAAUGUUUCAAAAGAAGAAGUUGAAUUGCUAAACUUAAAUAAAGUGUGUGAUUAAAAUAUAAUUCCAUCACUAAGGUUUAAUCUUAAAGAUUUUACCCUUAAGUUUGUACUUUGAUAAUAUUUAAAUACUUAAAUAAAAAAAAAAAUACAUGUUUCCUUAAUAAUUAUCCUCUUCGUGUCCCACACAAAACGGUAAAAAACGAACUCUUAUGUGCAUAUAAGAGUUCGUUUUUUUUCUUUAUCUGCCCGUCACUUCGGUAUCAAAUAAUAAAUAUAAUUCUUUAUUUAAAUGUAAAAUAUAAAUAUAAAAAUGAAAAGCUUCCUGACUGACUCACUGAUCUACCAACGCACAGCUCAAACUAAAUUAUACUCGUAUAUAACUAGCUAAUAAUAACGGGCUGAUUUAGCAUGCCAAUAGCUAUUAUAACGCAGACAUGCGCUAAGAAAGGAUUUUUCUCCACCUACGUCG